AUGAAAGACAAUAAUAAUCAAGAAAAUACAUCUGUUGAACCGAAUUUACAAACAAUAGAAGAUCUACCUCGUGAAGAACAAAAAUUAGAUGAAUCACCAUCAAGUAAAAAACGUCAUCUUCCUGAUGACGAUAUAGAAAAAGUAGAAGAAAGUGAAGAUAAUUCAUUAGAAAAUCCAAAUAAUGAUAUAGAAAAAGAUGAUGAAAAUAAUAAUAGUGAUGAUAUAUUAAAACAAAAACGUAAAAAAAAGAGUCGUUGGGGUUCAGAACAAGACGAAGAAGAAUCACAAGAAAAACAAUCAACUUCAAAACAAACAUCGGAUGAUGAUGACGAUGAUGAUCGUGAUGAUCAUAAUGAUGAUGAUGAUGAUAAUAAUAAUAAUAGUAGUAGACAUCGAGAACGAGAUCAUCAUCGAUCAUCAAGACAACAUGAUGACGAUCGACAUUAUAGUAGUCGACGUUCCGAAAAAUCAGCGGAAAGAGAGAUACCACUUCCUGAAGAAGAAAUAGUGCAAUUCAAUAAUGAUGAUGUAGUACUUGAUUUUUAUACAUCUGAUUUGAAUUUGACUAUAAAUACGGAUUGUUUAUCCGCAUCGAAUAAAUCGAAUGAUGCAUUAUGUUUCUUAUGGGCUGGUGUCCGUGCAACAUAUGGAUUUAAACAAGGAAAAAUUUGUUAUGAAAUUCGAAUAACUGAAAUAAUUGAUUGUCCACAAAUGCCUGAAAGUGAAAAAGAAAAAUUUGGUAUUCGCAUUGGUUGGUCAAAUCUAUCAUCGGGUCUUCAUGCUCUUCAAUUAGGCGAAUUUAAUGAUUCAUUUGCUUAUGCAUCAGCCGGAAAAAAACUAAGUACAACAAAUACUGAAUUCAUAGAAGAUACUUAUGGUGAAUCAUUUGGUUUGUCAGAUGUUAUUGCAUGUUAUAUUGAUUUUGGAGAUGAUGACAAUUUAAUUCGAAUAUCAUUUACAAAGAAUGGUGAAGAUUAUGGUCAAGCAUUUGAAUUUUCUAAAACAAAUUCUAUUGAAUUUUAUCCACAUAUAUUAGUAAAAAAUGUUAAAUUUGAAUGUAACUUUGGACAGAUAGAAACUCCAUGGUCGGAAAUUAAAUCUGAAUAUAUAUUUGUACAAAAUAUUCCAUUAUCAGAUCGAAUACGUACUUGCGAACCAAUUCUAGAAAAAAAUCAAUGUGAAAUUAUUCUUUUAUCGGGUUUAAAUGGAUCAGGCAAGACAACUUGGGCUAGGAAACAUAUAGAAGAAAAUCCUAAAAAAGAUUUUAAUUUAUUAAACAUUGAAUAUGUUCUUAGUAAAAUGACAAUUGAUGGAAAAUUGCCAGUCAUAAAAGAUCGUAAUGAUGGUUUAAUGUUACGUGUGAAUAUAUGUUUACAAAAAUUAAUUGAAAUUGCUGCACAACGUCGACGCAAUUUCAUCAUUGAUCAUGUGAAUAUAACUCGUGAAACUCAAUCAAAACGUCAACGUUUAUUUACUGGUUAUCAACGAAUAGGUGUUGCUAUUAUACCUGAUGAAGAUGAAUUAAAACGACGUAUUGAAAAAUUAGAAAAAAAUGAAAAUAUUACUAUACCAUUACAGUGGAUUAAAGAAGCAAAAGCAAAAUUUAAUUUCCCACAAAAAAGUACUUCAUUAGAAGAUGUUAUUUAUCCAGAAUUAUCUUAUGAUGAUGCUAAAUUAGUAUAUGAUAAAAUACGUCGAGAUUAUGAUCAAUAUCGUUCAUCAUCACGUUCUGAUCGACAUGAUGAUUAUCAUUCAUCACGAAAUAAUAACAAUAAUCGAAAUCGUUAUGAUGAUCGAGAUCGUCGUAGUGGAGAUCGAGAUCGAGACCGAGAUCGAAAUCGUGAUCGAUAUGCUCGAUCACGUUCACGCGAUCGAGAUCGUCGAACAUCACGUGAAGAUUCACGAUUUUCAUCAUCACAUCGAAAUGAUAAUUAUCGUGGUGGAUAUUCUCGUGGUGGCGGCAGCAGUGGUGGUAGUAGUGGUGGUGGAAGAUAUUCUGAUCAGCGACAAGAUUCAAGGAAUAACCAACGUGGUGGUUUUCAUGAAGGUGGCGGUAAUUAUCGUGGAAGAGGAGGCAAUUAUAAUAAUCAAUCGAAUGAUGAUCGACGUGGUGGAUAUCAACAACGAAAUGAAUUUGGUGGGGGACGUGGACGUGGUGGUGGUGGUGGUGGUUUCGAUAAUAAUCGAAAUCAAUAUAAUAAUCGUGGUUCCUUUCAAGAUAAACAACGUGGUGGUGGCGGUGGUGGAUUUAGACAAGAAUUUAAUAAUCCACAGAGAGGAAGACAGUUUAAUAGUUAUGAUAAUAAUCAACAACAACAAGGUGGUGGUGGUGGUGGUAGUAGAGGUUUUAUGCAAAAUAAUAAUAAUAGUUUUAAUCAACAACGUGAUAGACAAAACUUUGAUUCUAGACCACCAAUGCAACAGCAACAACAACAUUCAUUUCAAAAUCAACAACAACGUCCACAACCACUUCUUCAUAACCCAACAUCUAAUCAACAGCAGCCAUAUUCGUCUCAUAUGGCACAACAAACACUCAAUAAUCCCAAUCUCUCUCUGCAAGCACAAAAUCCACUAGGCAUUAAUUCAUUGUCUAAUGCAGCAAAUAUUACUCAGCAAAGUUCACUUGAUCCAUGGCUAGCAUUAUGCGCAGCUGCUCUUAAUCCACAGGCAGCUGCACCUCAACAACCACAACAAGACACAAACUCAUUAACUCAGCAAUGGGCCCAAUGGUUAAAAACAGCACAAAUGGCUCAAACAGCACAACAAUCUCAUCCUCAAUUAUCAGUUCAACAACCUGAUUCUCAACAACAACAACAACAGCAACAACAAGCACAAAUUCCGGAUGCAAGUGCCUUGUAUUAUCAGGCAUAUUAUGCUCAAUUAGCUGCUGCUCAACAACAAGCUGCAGCAGCAGCAGCCGCUGCAGCUGGAUCUAUGAAUGGUGGUGUAGCUCCACCUGGUAGUAGUAAUAAAUAG